CCAUCUACCUAUAAAAGUGUAACCUGGCCAGCAGUGAGCAUCAUUCGUCGCGAACUCCUCGAGAUCAAAGCACAAAACAACCAAAAUCACCAUGAAAUUCCUGAUUGUCUUCGUCGCCCUUUUCGCCCUGGCUGUGGCCGCCCCCGCUGCUGAGGAAGCUCAGAUCCUGCGGUCGGAGUCUGACGUUGGACCCGAGGGCUUCAAAUACAGCUGGGAGACCAGCGAUGGUCAGUCCGCUCAGGCUGACGGACACCUGAACAACGCUGGAACCGAGAAUGAGUCCCUCGCCGUCCGUGGCUCUUUCUCCUUCGUGGCUGAUGAUGGUCAGACCUACACCGUGAACUACAUCGCCGAUGAGAACGGAUUCCAGCCCCAGGGUGCCCAUCUGCCCGUUGCCCCUGAGGCCUAAGCUGAGUUGCUUUUGAGUGAAGCAGCUUUAAUGCCAAGUCCUACCCAUCCCUUGUUAAUACCUGAAAUCCUUACCAAAUAGAUCCUGUCCAUUUUGUAUGGCAGGAUCUAAUUCAAUUCCCCAAAUUGUUGAAAAUAAAGAGAGAAAAUGAAAACCUAA